AGAGGUGACACUUUGAAGGCACUAUUAGUGUACCUUAUCAGUUUCAUGAUCUAGUAUUUUUUUUAGGUCUGUAUAAAUAGUGCCAUGGCCAAACACUUAGAAGCAUUACUAUAUUCUUUUUUACUUUUAUCUCUCCCCUCUCUACCUUUUUAUCACGUUUACUAAAACAAUAUGUCUCAUCUGAAAUUCUUAUUACCUUUUAUGAUGACGUUGCUGAUGAAACAAGCUUUCGCACAAAGUGAUGAAUCCUUAGAUGCAGACGAAGAUGCUUGUGCUGCUAUUCCUCUCGAGGAUUAUAAUAUGGGUCUUCGAGUUGGAUCCGUAUUUAUCAUUUUGGCAACCAGUGCUUUGGGUACAUAUCUUCCUAUUCUCUUACAUCGUAUCAGUCCUUACAAACCCGGUGAUAUUCGAGACUGGAUUUUGACGGUUGGAAAAUUUUUUGGUACUGGAGUUAUUCUUGCUACGGCAUUUGUUCACAUGCUUCCCGAUGCACUUGAAAAUUUCUCGAGCCCUUGUUUGACACAAGGUUGGUUAUCGUAUGGUGCUUUUGCUGGUAUUUUUUGUAUGAUUUCUUCUUUUGCUCUUCAAUUACUAGAGGUUGUUUCGGUCUCGCACAUGAACAAGAUGAGACAAAGAAACAGAGAAAAAAUUGAGGCAGAAUUAGGAAACAGCCAUGAUUAUACCGACAAGGUGCCUGUUGAAAAUGGAUCUCAUUUUUCUAAGCAUACUGCUGCUUCAACCGCAAACGUGAUGGAAGAGCGUCACGAACAUCAUCACCAUAUUGGAGAUUCUCAUGGUCAUGCUCAUGGUGCUUUCUUAGAAGAAGACGAAGCUUAUAAACAUAUUGGUACUUAUAUUCUCGAACUUGGUAUUGUGAUGCAUUCAAUUCUUAUUGGUAUCACUUUGUCUACUACUGAGAACAGCGAGUUUAUUACACUCUUGAUUGCUCUUGUAUUCCAUCAGUUCUUCGAAGGUAUGGCUUUAGGUACUCGUUUAAACGAAAUGUCCUACAAGACAUGGUACAAACCUGUUGCUCUUGGCUUGCUCUAUAUUAUCAUGACACCUAUUGGCGUAGCAAUUGGUAUCGGAAUCCAUUCUUCUUUCAACCCCAACUCUUACUCUUCUGUAUUGGCUUCAGCCAUUCUUGAUUCACUUUCUGCUGGUAUUCUUCUUUAUAACGCCUAUGUAUCUCUUAUGAGCAUGGAAAUCAGUCAUAAUACGGCUUUCCAUAAUGCUCCUACAGGUCGCAAAGUAUUGUGCUUCAUCUCAAUGUAUCUCGGUGCUGGUCUCAUGUCAUUGAUCGGUGAAUGGGCUUAAUUUGUCCUACACAGUUUUUAUUAUUUUUUUUUACCUCUUAUAAUUAUUACUUACCCUUUAUGUUAUUAAAUUCAAACAAAUAAAAAUAUUUAUCGCUUUC